AUGGGGAGUAGAAAAGGUAGAGAAUUUAUUGGGAGAAAAUGUAGGAGAGAGAAUGAUUACCAUUUUCUUUCGUAUGAUAUUGAUGUUGUUUUACACGCGGCAGCCUAUGUUAAUUUAAUUUAUCCUUAUCAGGCUCUGCAUGGUUGUAAUGUAGUUGGGACAAGAAAUAUAAUUGAAUUUUGUUUUAAAAAUAAAAUUAAACCUUUGCAUUAUAUCAGUACGGAUGCAGUCUUUCCCUGUGGAUUAAUUGAUGUAGAUGAAGACACCCCUCCAACUGAUACUUUUGAAAAACUUGUUGAUGGUUAUGGACAAACUAAAUAUGUUGCUGAACAAUUAGUUUUGAGAGCCAAUUAUCGUGGUUUGCCAACCAUUAUUUACCGACUAGGCAAUCAAGCAGCACCAAUUAAUGGAUCUAAUUGGAACCCACAAGAUUUUACCUAUCUCUUAUUAUUGUCAACAUUAAAGAUGAAUAUAGCACCAAAUUUGGGAGAAUGGGAGGUUGAAUUAACUCCAGUCGAUUUUUCUGCCCAAUUUAUUGUUCGUAUUUUAAGUGAAAUGUUUUGUGAAAAUACUGGACGAAUCUUUCAUUUAAUUAAUUCUGGAAAAGGAGUUGUAAAAUGGAAACAAAUAAUUGAAUGGUUAAAAAUUGUUGGUUUUGAAGAAAUUAAAGAAAUUGAAAUUGAUGAAUGGAUUAAAAUGAUUAAUGAAUCUUCAUCUGAAGAAGUUUGUAUACAACAAUUACAAAAAUUAGUUCAAGGAGGAUUAUUUCAAAAUAAUGGAAUAAUUAAUUUAACUCAAAGCAAAUUUUUGAGGACUAAAACAAACAAAUUACUUGAUGAUCUUAAUUGGAAAUACCCAACAAUUUGUGAAACAAUUAUUCGUGAAUGGAUUGAAAAACUUGUAAAAUCCCAUGUAAUACAACGCCCAAAAUCAACAAAAAAUAAUUGUAAUGGGUUUUUUUAA